CCACAUCCCCCGCUCCCGUUCUUCCUCCGCCUCCUCGCUGUUGAGGCUGUGCCGCCUCUCCCCGGAGCUCUGCCGGAGUGAUGGGCUGCAUCGGAUCCCGCACUGUGGGAAAUGAGGUGAUUGCUGUGGACUGGAAGGGUCUGAAAGAUGUGGACCAAAUCAACAUGGACAGCACUAGUUCACUGCAUGGCAGCAGCUUCCAUCGACCUUCUACUGAGCAAACACGGACAGACUUCUCCUGGGAUGGUAUCAAUCUCUCCAUGGAAGAUACGACCUCCAUCCUUCCCAAGCUGAAACGCAACUCCAAUGCUUAUGGGAUUGGGGCUUUGGCUAAAUCAUCUUUCUCUGGCCCCUUAGGGAUAUCUCGCAGCAUGAAGGACCACGUCACAAAGCCGACGGCCAUGGGGCAGGGCCGCGUGGCUCACAUGAUCGAGUGGCAGGGCUGGGGCAAAGGCAGCAGCCAGCAGCAGCAGCACACCCACGAGGCCGCGCGCAAGGACGCCGACGCCUACUCCGACCUGAGCGAUGGCGAGAAGGAGGCACGCUUCCUGGCAGGAGUGAUGGAGCAGUUUGCUAUUUCUGAGGCAACUCUGAUGGCCUGGUCCUCCAUGGAUGGUGAAGAUGUGAGUGUAAACUCAAAUCAGGAGAACCCAGUAGGCAACUACUCUGAGAACUAUCAGGAGCUAAUGGAAAGCCAAGAGCAUAUGGCCCAGACGCAGUACGAUAGCUGGCCUCACUCCUACGUCUCGCAGGGCAUGUAUUGCUUAGGUUCAUCUGAUGCCUGGGAGACCAGUGACCAGUCCCUCAUUGCUUCCCCAGCAACUGGCUCAUACUUAGGCCAGAAUUUUGAUGAGUCCCAGACAAACCUUCAGGAAAGCAUUUUGAUUCAGAGCAGCCUUCUCCAGCAGCAGCAGCUGCAGCAACAGCGACAGGAGCAGAACUUCAUCCAGAGCACAGGCCUCGUCCACGUGUGGCCCCUCCAGACUGCUCAGGGUGGCUGUGGGGCCGAGUCCAGCACGUACAUGGAGGACCACAUUGAGGAUGAAGGGAACCCACGGCUGGAGAAGGCUCCUCUGCUAAACAAGAAGCCCUCUCCCGAGGAGGACGAUGCACUGUGCCGGGACCUGGAAUCGCUGUCUCCUCGAGAGGAGGUGGAACACGCUGCACUGAGCCGCAAAGUCUCAGAUGUCACCUCCUCCGGGGUGCAGUCGUUCGAUGAGGAAGAGGGAGAAACAAACAACUGAUGCUUUCUGUGAAGUUCUCAUCCAUGUUGAACCGAGAGAGGGGUGGCAAGGAGUAAAGUGACAGGAAUUCUUCUCUUCAGCUCCCCAUACCUGUGAGCAGACACACCUUCCAUUCCGGACCUGUAAUUAGUUUUUUUUUAAACCAAGAGGAAAAUCUCAAAGUAAUUGACACGUGAAGACCUCUUCUUCCUCUCCACCAUGGACAGAUGUUCUUGAUUUUUGUUGCUCUGGGCAAUACAUGUGUGAGGUGCUUUGAGAGAUCUGGAUUGGUAAAUAAUUUCUAAAUCUUUUUAAUACAAAGUCUUGGCUGUGGCUACAGCAUCUGCUGGUACUGGGAGCAUAGCUGAUAAGACAGGCCUGGUACAGGGAGCAGCUCUGUGACCAGAAUCCAUGCUGGCAAGAAUGGACAUGGCUCUGUGGACAUGGCCCCUGUGGUAGAAUAUCUGAAUAUAAACUGGUUUAAAAUGAAGAGAUGGCUUUGCAAGUAUAGAUUGCACUAGUGUUGUGAUUGUGGCUGGUACAGAGGGUGUGAGGCUGUAUUUGAUACAGACUGCACUCAGAUGAGAGGUUUGCUGUGUAAGCACAUCCUCAGCAGCACCUUGCUAUGAAACUGUAGUGUCUAUGGAUACAAAUGGCACUCUGCUGGCACAGGCUGUGCUGCAGCACAGCUGGUGUGGCUCUGUGGGCAGGGCUCUCAUAGGGCAUGGAAGAAUGGCCGCAGAUAAGAAUCUAAGCCUGCUCUCAGACAGUAUGUUUUGGUUUCUUUCUAAUCUUUCAUUUGUUUGUUUUUCUCUUUGACAUUUCUGCCUUCCCAGGAGCUGGCAAGAGCAGGGCGUUCUUUUGGCACUGGGCACCAGGUGCCAGUGGAAAGAACAUUUUCAGCUACGGGGACAGUCAUAACAAGCUGGCUCUUGCAAGGGGCUUGGUGCUGCUGCUGUGUCCUUCUAUCUUGCCCCUUGCUAGCAGUAUGAGAAGGCCCUGAGAGCAGGCAGCAGAUCCAGCAACAGUGUUUACAGCUAUGAGAUCAGAGAUAUGCAGUUUACAUUGGAGUUUUCAGUUUGGGCUUUUUUUUUAACCUUUUUCUAUUGCUGGGUUCCUAAGGAAGCAGUCAGUAGUGGGAAAGGCCUGUACUCUGCCCAUGACUCACACACUGCACCCUUCCCAUUUCUGCUGCUCCUCCUGCAGUGCCAAAUGUUGCCAGAGGAAAAGGAGUGAAAGGAAGUGUUCUCCUAUUUAUUUCUUCUGCCUGCCUAUGUUUUCUUCUUUUGUUUCCCUACCCCCAAGCAAUGUAAAUAAUGCACAGCACUUGGUCUGUUUGUUCUUCCCUCCCAUCUCUUUUUUAGGAGUGGAGAAAGCUGAUUUCAGGAGCUUUCCAGGUUUUACGGGUUCUUCUGUUGUGUUAACAAAAUAUGGCUCCUUGACUAGGGGGAAUUCAGUCUCUUCCAAUUCCACACCAUGUUUUUACACUCCUCCCUUUGGCAGAGGGGAGAACGGGUUUUUCCCAGGCUCUCACCAGAAAAUAAAUGGGGACAAGAACAAAAGAGAAAAUUGUACAAGGCUGUUGGUUUUGCUGGAGGACUGAACAGAACCAGCAGGGAGAACCCAAGUGGUGAGUUUGAACUGUGGCAUUUCUUGCAAGGGAGCCUCAGCAAAGCAGGGGUUUAGAUCAGAUGCUGCAUCUGAUGACCUAGAGAGUGGAAUUUGCCUGGACACUCUGUACUGUCUCAGGGGCAACUCUUUCUUACCCUGGCUCAGAUCUACUCUCUUUCAUUCGUGAUGUAUUUAUCUCUUCCUUGCCUCCUCUUCAGGCUCAGUGUAGUUUAGGAUGACAGGCGAGUCCUACGUGCUCCUUUCCUGAUUCAGGUUUAAUCCUAGUAUGUUUGCAGGGAACAAUGUCUGAGGAGAGCAAAAUGUGGCUGUAGUGGUAUCACCAAGUGUCAGAGUUCAGGCAGCUCCUGGCAAGCAAGGCAGAUGCUGUCCAGGAAUUAUGAAACACAUGAAUGGGACUCUCAGGUAGAACUUUACUUGGCUGGCAGCUGCAUGAAGAGUCUCCUCUAUGGAUGUCCAGGUCUUUCCAGCUCAGGCCACUUCAGGUGGAUCUGUCUUCCCUCUCCAUUGAACCUCUAAAGGAAAGACCUAUUGGGUGUUUAAGUAAGCCUGAUAAUUUGGUGUAGGUGAGAGCUGAAAGUUUGUGUGCCCACCAUUUUUUACCCAUUUGUUGGCCUUGCUUACAUCUCUCCAGGGAGGGAACUCUUUUCCUGAGCGAUGACCUUUCAAUAGCUCUUUAAAGAUGUUUACACGGUCAGGUGCUAACCCCACCUGGGCAGGAGGGUUUGAUAAAGAUGAUCUUCUAGAGUUCUUGCAGGGCCAGUACUAGCUUAAUGUCCUGAACUCUUUUGGGUCUAGCCAUGGGGCAGGACCUAGGAAAUCACAGUAGCCAGAACAGGGCAACCUGAGCAGAUGACAGAUGGGCAAGUGUUCAUCUUUCCUUGCUGCUUUUUAAGAAAGCCUUCAGGGAAACAAAAGUGGUCAGGUCUGGUCCUUUGUGGGGGAAGAUCUGCUUGGCCUGUUGCUUUCUUUUCUCUGAACCAUUUUGUUCCCAUGUGCCUCUCCAGGACCAAUCUGGAUGUUGAUGGCAGCUUUCAGAGUAGCUUCUAAGGAUCCCUCUGUGUUGCUUUCAGGACUGGAACAGGUUGGUCAGCUUGCCCAGGGCUCCUCUCUGUUUUAAUGUGCACGUGGUGUAUUUACUAAGCUGUCUGAUGGAUGUUGAAAGGAGGUACAAGGCAGUGACAGGGUAUUAUCUACAUGGGGAACCCCCCCAGUUCUAUAGAGUUCAAUAGGAAGAGCAGACCUAUCUGCAGGGUUUGUAAUCUCUCUGCAAUGGGAUAGAGAACUACACCCUGCUGUAUAAUUCCACAGCUUGAUCUCUAGAAACCUGUAAAUAGACUCUUGUUCUCUGUGAAUUCAGGCUGGUUUGAAUACUGCUCUCUGCAAAAAUUGUCAAGCUUACUAAAUGCAAUUAUUAUUUUUUUCCAUUCACUUUCUGUGAAUAAUAAAAUUUCAGCCU